GUCUGAGGGAGGAGGGGCUAGGAGGCUGGACUCCGGGGUCUGAGGGAGGAGGGACUGGGGCUCCUGGAUUCCCGUGUCUGUGGGAGGAGAGGAGUGUCUGAGGGAGGAGGGGCUUGGGACAAACUUCCAGGUCCCUAGCCUUCCUGGCAACGACCCCCGAGGCUGGACUUCCACGAUCCAGCUUCUAUUGAGGAUUUGAUGCAACGGCCUCACGGGGCUUUGGAGGUGAAAAAGGCCCAGAGUAGAGACAGAGAGAGAGAGAGAGAGACCGGCGGACACGGGAUGGCUACGGGAACGCGCUAUGCCGGGAAGGUAGUGGUUGUGACCGGGGGCGGGCGCGGCAUCGGAGCUGGGAUCGUGCGCGCCUUCGUGGACAGCGGGGCCCAAGUGGUUAUCUGCGACAAGGAUGAGUCUGGGGGCCGGGCCCUGGAGCAGGAGCUUCCUGGAGCUGUCUUUAUCCUCUGUGAUGUGACUCAGGAAGAUGAUGUGAAGACCCUGGUUUCUGAGACCAUCCGCCGAUUUGGCCGCCUGGAUUGUGUUGUCAACAACGCUGGCCAUCACCCACCCCCACAGAGGCCUGAGGAGACCUCUGCCCAGGGAUUCCGCCAGCUGCUGGAGCUGAACCUGCUGGGGACGUACACCUUGACCAAGCUCGCCCUUCCUCACCUGCGGAAGAGCCAAGGGAAUGUCAUCAACAUCUCCAGCCUAGUGGGGGCAAUUGGCCAGGCCCAGGCGGUUCCGUAUGUGGCCACCAAGGGGGCAGUAACGGCCAUGACCAAAGCCUUGGCCCUGGAUGAAAGUCCAUAUGGUGUCCGAGUCAACUGUAUCUCCCCAGGAAACAUCUGGACCCCACUGUGGGAAGAGCUGGCAGCCUUCACACCAGACCCUAGGGCCACAGUCCUAGAGGGCAUGCUGGCCCAGCCACUGGGCCGCAUGGGCCAGCCCGCUGAGGUCGGGGCUGCGGCAGUGUUCCUGGCCUCCGAAGCCAACUUCUGUACGGGCAUCGAACUGCUCGUGACAGGGGGUGCAGAGCUGGGGUACGGGCGCAAGGCCAGUCGGAGCACCCCCGUGGACGCCCCUGAUAUUCCCUUCUGAUUUCUCUCAUUUCUACUUGGGGCCCCCUUCCUAGGACUCUCCCACCCCAAACUCCAACCUGUAUCAGAUGCAGCCCCCAAGCCCUUAGACUCUAAGCCCACUUAGGAAGGUACCAGGUCACCCUGCAGGUUCCCAUAAAAGCAAUUUGCAGCCAGAAG